ACCAAAACGAACGGCAAACUCCAACCUCAGUAGUAGACCCACAAUGCAUUUCACAUAUCCUCUGUGAUUGGUGGAGACCUCGACAACAGCCCGCCUUCUGUAAAACUAUCCAAUUACCGAACAGAGCACAAUGUUUAGCGUCUACCACGCUUUGUGUUGUGGGGUUGAGAAUCGAAGAAUUGUCACGGCUGUGCAACUUUAGUUACUGGGAUAGGAGUUACUUUUCCUCCAGAGCUUCAGUAUACUCGUAGAGCUAUUCAUCAGGGAGCCACUUUUCUGCAGGGCUACAUUCUACAAGACAACACUGAAAUCUCUUUUUUAAAACAGCACUCAAUGGAGGAGAGCCAAGAUUUCUCACUUUGUGGUAAAGCCGCUGUAACUGAAAAUAAUUUGAGAGAUGAGUACUAUUGGAAGCUUGUUGCAGACUUCAUUGGUGCUCAAUCAGGAGAAGGACUGGAGCUGGAAAAGGCGCCAUGCAGGAACAGAGUUUUGAUUCAAGUAGGACUUAUGAGAGAGGAAAAUAAUUUCCCAUGGCUUGCCGUUUUAGAUUGGCUCAAGAAAACUUUCCCCAGUCAUCAGUCAGCUGACUUCCGUCGUUUGAUUGAAAGAGGCAUCGCGACAACCUUGAGUCUGGGAAGUAUCGCGAGGCGGACUUUCCUGGAGUCAGACGUCAACUUUAACUUUGUUGGCCCAAUAUGUGAUAGCAUCGGAGUUGAACGACAACAUCUUUUGGAAAUGAGGGAUUUUUCAGAGCGAGCGCAGUCAAUCGAAGUCACAAACGGUUUGAUUCUCGAGUUAUGCAACUUUGUCACCAGGGAGAGAAUUGCGCCAGUGGUUCUAGUUACUUGGCUUAAGAACUUCAACCCUGAGUAUUGUAAGAAUGGGGACAUUCAAAAGGCAUAUAAAGUCCUUAGAACCAAGAUAAAAAAGUUAAAACAGUAUUGCCGGAAUUAUGAAACGAGGAGUCACAGGAGAAAUGCUGUGAUGGAAAAUGUGCUUCAAAGUCCAUUUGAACUGGUGCGGAAAAAAAUGCCACGAUUAAUUGCGAAGAAACGCAUUAAGAAAGACGAAACAAUAAAUUAUGAAAAAGUUACAAUCAAGCAGGAGUACGAGAGCUAUGAAAUCAUGCAAGAUGAGGAGCCCGAGAUGAACAGACUGAAAGACGUCUCUAUGCGCGAUGAAAGUGAUGAGGAUUUAGAUGAAUCCAAGAGUGAAGAGGAAACCUCAGUUAACAAACAAGAGGCUCUGACUCUACUUGACAUUGCAAUGGUGUCCGUCCAAAAGAUGUCAGGAGUGUACGGCGGAAAAAACGAAGCAUGUAAGCAAGUUUGCUUAGAUCUCCUCAGAAAUCAGUAUGCUCUUACAUGCAGGGAGCAUCCAGCCAUGUUAGAAUUUGAGAGAAAACUGGACACAUUCAGUGAAGACAUUUCACUUGUUUAUCCCGCGGUGUUUUUAAACUGCAACGCCAACUUCCUCGUUGACGUCUAUGAUGCCGUGGAGAAGCAGAUUAUGAACUUUGAAAGAGAGAUAAUUCUGUCGAUGGGAGAGAAACUGGGCCGCGACAAGCUUCCAAAGUUCAAGAACUUUGUGAAUAUGUCAGAGAGCGCCACCUCGCGCUACAUCCACAUGGCUUGUGAUAUCUUAAGCCCGAGCACCCGUGCCACCCAAAACUACAGGAAACACUGGGAAGCAUUUUGUGAGGAAAAAAAUAAUCCAUCCAGACUUACGGCAAAACAGUCGAACCGAUUCAAAAACUACUUUGAAGCUGCAGCGGGUCUUAUCCACCAUCACAAAGAGAUGGCUCUUUUCUUCUCUGAUUUGCUGUCGAUGGACAACGACGAAUGCCCAAACAUUAUUCUGGAGUGUGUUGCCACUGAUGCUAAUGAUUCGGUGAUACAGAGCCUUGUAUGCGUUCUUGCCAUUGUCUACUGCAAAAUCGUCGGCCCUUACUGGCAGCUUCUGAAAAGCGGAGGAGAGUACUCGCUCUUCAGCCAGUACAUACUCUGUCUCUACCAAAAGUACCUUGAUUGGUCCAAAGAUCCUUCAACACUGCUGGAACCUGAAGGGGCCACCAAUGUUUUUCUGCAGUUCCCAUUGCAGGAGAAAACUUUUCAUGGAGUGUUUCAUUUCUGUGGCCAGUGGCGCACGAAUAGAGACCUAAUCAGAGCGUGCUUGAAGAGGAUAAUAAAGGUGAUUGCAGCGGUCACUGAGGAACACCUUAAGGAUUUCCUUCCAGGGGGACCAUUUUCCCAAGUUCCUUCACCUGAUUUGAGCUUAAAACUUGUAAAUUGCACGUUCUCUGUCUUGAUGGCAGAAUAUCCCUCAGGCCAUGCAGACCCUUACAAAAAGGAAAAAUCUCCAAAGUCCUCCAAACGCUCUUACAAGAGCUUGGACAGCUCUCAGGAAGACGAUGGCCGAUCUGGCUCAUCUGAUGAUGUUGGCUCUGAUGAAUCUUCCGGUUGGCAUGCCAAGAGGAAUACACACACUGGCCAAAAAGAGGACUACAGUCCUCAGAUGAAGAAAGGUAUCAGUAUUAAAAAAGAAAAGGUACCAAAGGUACAUGAAGAGCUUGAGGAGAACAUGGAUAGGGAUUACAUAAUCGCCACAGUGAACAGAAACGGAGGGCCAUGCAAGUCCCAGCAGGAUGUCGACAAAAUGCUGCUGCGUUUUGAUGGCAAACCCAGAGCGGAGAAACGGGAAGCGAUGCGUUGUGAAAUCUUGUACCAUAAAAUGAUACUAAACAACCCAGACCCAAACUUGUGUUGUGAUUUCCACAACAGCACACAAAUGGUGUUAAAGCUGAAGCUCGCACUUCCUCGUGUCAAACCUGGGUACUCUCUUGUUUGGGCGCCGAGAAAGACCAAAAUAAAGCCUGUGUUCCAAGACGCAACAGAUGCUGCCACUGGUUACGGUGAAAACAGCCACCCAUGACAGCUUUCACUGCAUCUAAAAAGUGUGAUAUUGAGAAAGAAUGAUGUUAAUGUGACUUCCUCAUAUGAUUUUUUUCAUUUACAAACAAUCAAAAAUACACACAAUGACCUCAGUAUUUCCACAAAAGUGCAAUAAUGUAUGACUCUGUCCCAGAUGUAGCGGUUGUGUGUUACGGUGCUUGCACAUCCAGCAGAUGGGAAAGAACUAUUGGUGACGAAGGCUGACUGUAGCGUCUCCUCACAUUGCCAGUGUCUUGGCCAAAAACAUGAACACACACUGCAAAGACUACAGUCGAAGGCCAACUAGCAAGGACAGUCCGAGAGGAAAUAACUCUUCAUGUCAGCAGGCAGCGAUAAUCUAAUUGUCAUUUGAAAAGGUAAACUCAAUUCAGUUGUUAAAUUGUACUUGUUUAGUGGCCAGCUGACUGGCUAGUUAGCUUGCUUGCUUGGGGGUUCUGUUCCCAGUCUAGUACUGACAACUGCAGAGGAAGAGAUGUGAAUACACUUUAUGUUACGUAUUAUGGUAUAGGAAAUAAUUGUAUUUAUUUUGUAAUGUAGGUAUGUAAAUCUUUCAAAAUGCUUGCUUAUCAUGUAAUUAGAGAAAUGUGUAUGGGAUUGAUUAGAUGAGAUGAUGAAAAAUAAGUUUUCUGUGUGUCAAUUCUACUGUUGAUUAUUUUUUUUUUCUUCUUGUGCACUAAUUUGCUUAAGCUAAGUAGCCAAUUAAAUGGAUUCCUCUCACCCUUUCAACAUGUUUAAUCUGCUGGGGAAAAAGCGUCAAGUAGCAAAGGUUCAGACACUGCAAAACCUAGACAACUUGGAGAAAUGGCCGACAAUCUCCUUGGUGUGUCAGCACCUUUACUGUAUUUCCAUUGCCAAUCGAUGUGGUUUGGUUUUUGCGGCCCUUACACUUUUGGUAUGGUUGCAUAAUUUGCAUGGUGAUGUAUUGUAACAAGGCUUUUCUAGAAAGUUAGCCCCAUUUUCUUUUUUUGCAGAGAAGUUAUUUUUUUAAUAUGAGAUUGUACCCAUUGUGAUCAUGCAGAAGUCAGUUGAUAAACCACUGCUGCCUUAAAAUAUAUUGUAAUAACCUCUGACAAAAUAAACAUCUUUGUUCAAA